AACUAACAGACAGGCGUUUGCGGCAGUAAUUCUCAGCUUCUCACCCUCAGAGAUGACUGAUGCAUGCAAUGUAUCUCUAACAACCCAACAAACCAGAGGAUCUAAAUACGGAGUGGAACCAGUUUGUAGACAUUUCAUAGAAGAGGGCAGUGGUCUGAAAAUGGAGAGCUGUCAACUGGUGACGCCUGAUUUCUUGCCGGAGGAACGGAUUGAGAUUGAAAACCUCAAGCUCCACAAGCAGGACCUCCUGGCUGACAUUCAGAAGCUGAAAUGGGAGAUUGAAAAUGUAAUGGCUGAAAUUCAGGACUUCGAGUCUUCAGAAGAGAACAAAGUACUCGAAAGAGGAAAGCAGAUUUCUAGUGGAAAGAAGAAAUUCAACAUGGACCCCAAAAAGGGGAUCAAUUACCUGGUGCAAAAUAACCUGCUGGAGUAUAGCCCCCAGAGCAUUGCUGAGUUCCUCUAUAAAGAGGAAGGUCUCAAUAAGACUGCUAUAGGAGACUUCUUGGGAGAAAGAGAGGAACUGCACCUCAAGAUCCUAAAAGCUUUCGUGGAACUUCAUGAGUUUUCAGACCUGAACCUUGUCCAGGCUUUGAGGCAGUUCCUGUGGAGCUUCCGCCUUCCUGGUGAGGCACAAAAGAUUGACCGUAUGAUGGAGGCCUUUGCCACUCGUUACUGCGAAUGCAAUCCAGACGUCUUCCAGUCCACGGACACCUGUUACAUCCUCUCAUUUGCCAUCAUCAUGCUGAACACCAGCCUGCACAACCCUAACGUGAAGGACAAGACAACACUGGAGCGCUUCAUCAGUAUGAACAGAGGCAUCAACAAUGGCGAUGAUCUACCCAAUGAGCUUCUCAUGAAACUGUAUGAUAGCAUACGAAACGAGCCGUUCAAGAUCCCGGAGGAUGACGGGAACGAUCUUACUCACACGUUCUUCAACCCUGACCGAGAAGGCUGGCUUCUCAAAUUGGGAGGACGAGUAAAAACAUGGAAGAGAAGAUGGUUUAUCUUGACUGAUAACUGCCUCUACUACUUUGAAUACACCACAGACAAAGAACCGAGGGGGAUCAUUCCUCUAGAGAACCUCUGUGUCAGAGAAGUCAUCUACACACGCAAACCGUACUGUUUGGAGCUGUACAACCCCAACAGUAAGGGACAGAAGAUCAAAGCAUGUAAGACGGAGACAGACGGCAGGGUGGUGGAGGGGAAACAUCAGAGCUACAUGAUCUGUGCUUCAACAGCCGAGGAGAGAGACAACUGGAUCGAAGCUAUCAGGGCAAGCAUCACAAAGGAUCCGUUUUAUGACCUGGUCUCAGUCAGAAAAAAGAAAGUCAUCAAGCAAACACCAGAGGAUUGACCACAGCAGAGGACCAUGGAGUACAGAGUUUAGAAGUGAGCCUGCAUGAAGCACACGGCAAACAGGAAAUGAUGACAAGCAAUCCUGCUGAUUCUGUGGAACAAUGAGUAGUUAAUAGCAAAACGAGUCCUUUUUUUAAAGACCUUCAGCCUGUUACCUACAAUCAGUUUCAAUCUGCUUCAUUUAAAGGGCUUGAGAAGGCCUUUUUUUUUUUCAGAUCAGAGUACUAUUAACGUACUUAUAUAUUACUGGGCUCAUUUUGUAAUAAUAACUGUAGCUGGACAUUUUGAAGAGAGUGUUUUCCUUGUGGGAAAUUAAGCCUCUUGAGUGAAAAUGUCAGUAUAGGAAGUGUGUAUUAUCGCUGCACAUGCGAGCUAAUCAGAAAUCUGAUCUGACCUGAUUGAUGAUUGAGUUAUGAAUACACAAGCUCAUUUAACGUGGGAUCGAUGUUCGGAUAUCGCCGCGCUCGUCUAUUGUUUUGGAAUGAGAAUCAAAUUCCGAACAAAUCAAUGUAAAUAGGUGUGAUGGUAUCGAUUGUAUACAAAUCGUAACACGUCUAGUAAGCUCCUAGCAAACAGAGAUGAACUGAUUGCGUCUCUUCACCCGAGGUGAGUUAAGAGCACAGAGAGGAUUUAUUAUAGAAAUUACACACCAUGGUUUUCAGUCCUUGGAUAUACAGUAACUACUGAUUCUAUUUAGAUCUUACACAGUUUUCAGUUGUACCCAAUACUGACCUUGAAUUUUAAGCUGUGGUUUAUGUUUUGGGCUGUAAGUACACUUAAAUAUUAAAUCCAUACAAUAUGAGUUACUUAAUUAACGAAUUAACCUUAAGAAUCAACCCGAAUAGUCACCACCAGAUGUUUUAUAUGUAAUUUAAAUGGGAAGCUGCUACCAAUAAAAAAAAUGUGUUUUUGGGUCACAAUGAUGAUUUUCCCAGCCUGUCAGGUCACAAGAUGAGGAGGUAAGCAAUAAAAGCAAACAUGGAUGACAAACUACUAGUGAAACACUUUCAUGUAAAGUGAGAUCUAAACAAAAUUACGUCAGGAACGGCAAUAUUUUAAUUAAGCUAAAAAUAACAGCGUGUCUAUGUUUGGGACAUCCCACAUUAACUGUGGAUGCAUACACUUCAUUUAUUUUGCCUCCAAAGCUACACUGAAGCAAAACAACCUCCUUUAGUUCAUUCUUAGUUCUUAUUUGUUGUUGAUUUUAAUGAUCGACUCUAGAGAUCAAGCUCGGCUAGUUAGUUAGUUAGCUGAUUUCACUGUAGCUAGGCCACCUUAUAGUGUUGCACAGCGAGCUAACCUGUAGUGUACAUGGUUAAUAACUGGACAUAACUUCCUUUGUUUGUUCUUUGUUGUAUAAACAGGUUAUAUAUUUAUUAAUAUAUAGUAUGUCCUAUGCAUUGUGUGUAUAUUAUACCUGGAUAUAAAUUUGAUUAUUUAUCAUUAAAAAAAUUAAAUAAAUAAAUGUAAACUUAUGUAUUGCUGUAGGUGUAAUAUUUUGUACGUUGGACAUACUUCUUAUUUGACUGAUACAGUAUAUGUAUUUUUUUAUUUUAUUGUACAGUAUUGUGUAUUGUUUAUGUGAGAUCAGUAUAUUAUAGUGAAUCACUUGAUUGUUGUUAUUAAAGUCUUUAUUUAAUUGUA